AUGUUCAUGAAUAAGAACUGUUCUCAUGUGUUUUACACCGAUUGCACAAGCAAUCACGUUGCUGUGAAGAUUCAAGAAAACAUUGCAAUGGUGAUAUGUCCCUGUUUGAAAUGUAAAGGGGUUUUAGAACCUGAUCUCUGCCGUCCGAUCAUCCCCACCCAAGUGUUCGAUAGGUGGGAAGCUGCUCUUUCCGAGUCGAUGGUUCUUGGAUCGCAGAAAUUUUACUGCCUUUUCAAGGACUAUUCGGUGCUUCGGAUCGACGAUGGAGGGGAUGUCGUGAGACAAUCAGAGUGCCCGAAUUGGCAGAGAUUGUUCUUUGCACAGUGCAAGGUGGCAUGGCACUCGGGCAUUGGGUGUGAAGAGUAUAAGGGAUUGAAUGAAGAUGAGAAAGGAAGAGAUGAUCUGAUGGUGAUGGAGCUUGUUAAAUCAAACGAGUGGAAGAGAUGUUCUCGCUGCAAGUUCUAUGUGGAGAAAAUAGAAGGAACCGUGGAUCCGAUCCGGGAUUGA